GGAGAGAAAACUACCAGUAAAUAAUAUUGACAUGGAUUGCUAAUUUUUUUACUAGAUGACAAAUUAGUCGUAGGUCAUUAUUAUCGUUUAUAUCGAGAUGUAUCGGGCCUUGUAUAGUUAUGUGGCUAAGACGAAGAACUUUGACUUGUCAUUUGAAGCCAACGAUCAGUUUACAGAUCUCGAGAAGCCGGAGGGCGGGUGGCUGCUAGUGCAAAACGGCUUUGGGGAAAUCGGCCAUGUACCUGCUAGUUAUGUUGAGAAGGAAGACAACUCCACCUUGGCCGAGAUCCUGAGCUCAGUAGAUAGGGCAAUACAAAAUAUACAUUACCAGGCCGCCGCCUCUGGGACCUAUACACACCAUCAAAGAGAAAACCUGCAUAAACUUGGACUGCAUAGAGAUCAUGUGUUGAGGGAACAUGGACCUCAAGGAAACGUUGAGCAUCAUUUACAUCACACUCCGAGUGAUAGCGGGUCAGAGUCUAGUCAUCAUAGUGAACACAGCUCUCACAGCUCACCCGAAAAACAUUGGCAUUUAACGGAUGUUGGACAUUUGAUGAAGAGGCACUCUAAGCGUCCAGCGCCCCCGCCACCAACUGCACCCCCUGAUCAGUCCCCCCAUACUCAGUCUCCCUGGCCACACCAUACCAUACCCUCCCACUCCCCACCAGAGGAACAUAGAUCCCCCCACUCCUCCAAAGGAUCACUGAAGCAUUCAAGUCCACACUCUCAGCACCACUACGUCAAGCACAAAGACCAGAGUCCCCACUCCUCCCAGGGGUCAAUAUCAGGGUCACUUUCAUCCCAAGAGUCACUGAGGCAAAAGGGCAUCAGUCCACACUCAUCUAAAGGGUCCUUGCAGCAUUCGUCCUCUCAGCAAUCUGCAAAAGCCAGACUUUUUCAUGACCCAGAAGAUAAGGAAGCCCAGGACAAUGGCUGGGUACAUGUAGACGAGACUGACGGUAAGGCAGUGUCCGUUACUGAAGGUCCGACUGUACCAGAGUCUAGUGCUACUCCUCGAGGGGCCUCUAUAGAGAGUGUGGAAUCCCCAGACCAUUCUACGGGAACAUCAAACCUGUUGUCGGUCACUGACAACAAAAUGCUGAAGUCCGAGAGUGUGAUCUCCCUGUCGUCUCGGCUGUCCAUCUCCAAUAGUCCGAUCAAACAGCUGGACAGCCCCAGUGUUAUCAAUGUUAACACCAUUCCCCUGCCCUCUAAUCUGGCCACCGAGCUCGUUAGUGAGGUGAGGAGACACACGAACCUGAGCUAUGAUAAGUCCUGUCUGGCUGUGGAGGUGGUGCUCACUCACAUCUCCAACAAAAUGCCCCAGGCUGCUGGUCUGAUGGAGAAAAUACUCUGUACAUUCCAAGAGAAUUUUCACUAUUCAUUUAAGGAUAUAUGGGCCAGCACUGCUUCUGAAGACGACCUGAGUCACGAUCACGUCCGUCUCCGAGAACUCCUGGAGAAGAUCACAGAGUGUAAAGAGGAUUCACAGCAGAGGAGCUGGGCCCUCCAUGAGGACCAACACAUAAUAUCAGGCUACAUUGAGGAGCUGCUGUCAAUACUGGAAAAUGCCAAACCUUCUACAUGCCGCCAUGCCAUAGCAUCUGAUGGUUACGAAUGUAUUCACAACUUAGUGCAGUAUUAUCAAAUGGAGGUUCGCCUUCCCUUAAGGAUUUCCCUGCUGAAGGUUUUCGGAGCCCUUUGUAAUCUGGAGUCCUCCAUUAUUUCUCAUCUGCUGUACUCCAUAUUGCCUUUAGAACUAGUCUCGGAAAUACGCAACCAAAAUCAAGAAGCUCAGAGACUAAGUUACGUAACUGGAGUUUUGACCAUGAUAUUUUGUACAGGAGAGCCAGUGCCUGCUAAUCUUCAUGACACCAUGAAUGAGAAUUUCCUGGAUGAAGUGUUGGAGAUGAUAGAAAACCCAGCCUCGCUGGACCACGAUGACCUGUGUACUGAUUCACUGGUCACUCUACUUCUGGCUUAUAAUCUCCACUUCCCCUACCAGGAAGAGAAUGACAUCAUGUCUUUACUCGCCAAAAAGGGAACUGUCAAGGUCUUCACGGAGAAACUCUUGGAAAUCUUCAAUAGAGGAGAGGAUCCAGUGAAGAUGUUUGAUCACCUGACCUACCCUGUCCAAUCACAGGUCAAGUUUAUGAUUGACAUGUACAGCCAGCCAGGCACCGCCUCCCUUCUGUAUGUUAAUGACGCCAAAGUCCUGAUAGACAUCCUGAUACGAUUCCUUACUGACCUACAACCAGGAGACAAACUCCGGUCUUCAAUUCUCAUUCUGUUGAAACUCCUUGUGAAGAACUCAGAUUACUUUGAGCACCAGCACAAACUGAGUGAACUGCGAGAGUGUUUGAUGACGAUCAGGAAAGAGGAAGAGGAAGCUACAGCUCAGGACAGGAAGGAAGUAGAGGUUAUCCUGGAGGAAUUAAAUAAACACAUGGGGGACAAAGGGAAAGUGAAAGUAGAACACUGAAGGAAGGAAGGGAAGAUUGCAUUGUGGGUUUAAGAACCUUACAGGAACAAAGUGAUAGCCAUGGCAGUAUGCUGUCAACUUUUCCAUAUGCAGUAGGAAAUUAGAAAAGGAAAAGGGAAGUUACUGUACUUACUCAACAUUAGUUUAUUUAAACACCAUGGUUGUAUUCACAAGUUAUAGCAUUUCCUUUAUAUAGCUGUAUUAAUCUGUAUAAACCUGUAAAAAUUCAGCUUUUAAGGGUGCACAAGUUUUAUUUUGUGUUUUCACAGAGUGAAAAUGUUAGAUGCUGUGAAGUUCAUACUGUGUUUGAAUAGUAGAUUUCUGUGUUAGUUAUAGAUAUAUGUGCUUUGUAACUUAUUAUGAUAUAUGUGCCAUAUUAUUUUGAU